UAAUAUUUUAUAUUUUAUAAAAAUAAUUAAAAGGUUCGAUUUUUGAUGGAUCAAACGGCAAUUUUUUGUCGAAUCAAUUCUUAAGUCUCCGCUUUGAAUUGAUUUGAAAAACCGAUUUUUUUGAAAAAAUCACCCAUCCCUAGUAUGUAGUGCCGCGUGAUACUGUCAUAAGAACUAAAUAAAAAAGAAUUUUAUUUUCGUUGAUCUCGUCAUAUAUUACAAAAUUAGUUAGUCCGGUGUCAAUAAAAGAAUGCGAUACAACAAAGAGUGGUGUCCAGUCAAGAUUGAUAAGGCGUUUUCAGAAUCAAAAAACUACGUCUUACCUCGUAUGACGGGAAUAUGUUAUUUAUUUGCUGGAAUUGAUUUCUACGACCUUGGCAGUCAUAAUUCAUAAAGGUGCGAUUUCACGAACCGCUCGAAUCAGCCGUUUCGAGCGAGAAAUUUUUCGCUCUUACUUUAGCGGCUAAAAUUUUGUAGAUGGAACAGUUCCAACUACAAGCAUUUGACGCUGAAACGCUCUGCGAUGUGAACAGUGCUACCGCGAAGUCGAUAUCGCAAUACAUAACCUUCAUUUCGAAUAAGUUUGAGAACGUUUAUGAAUUCGGAUCUAUACAACAGAUUCACAACGCUUUACUUUAUUUUUUAAAGUUAGUUGGAAACCAUUCGUCGAACAUGUAUCAUUUGGAAAAACCUUUACAACAAUCUACAAACGAAAAUGUAGAAAUAAAUAUAGUUGCAACUUGUGGGUUAUGUGAAACCAUAUGCGACAUGAAUGAGGUAGGUAAUCACAUGUGCCUUCAAGGCUUCGAUAAGUGCCACUUGGAUAAAAACAAUUAUUUUUAUCUAAUAUGUAGUAAGUAAAUUCGAAUUGAUUAUUAUCUUAUUUAAAAGCAUUUCUUAUAAUAUUUUAUAAUAA